UGAGGACUCGGACGGGGUCAGGUCUCAGCAGUCCUCUCCUCCAGGACACACCGGUCUCCCGGCUCGUUUUGUGUUUUCAGUUUGUUAAGCCGGUGUGUUGUUCACCGCGAUACACUGGCCGCCUGUCCAUCGCUCGGCGCGCACACAGCUGUGCACCCUGGAAGAGAGGCUGCGGCACAUCAUCUGGACCUGCGCACAAACUGGAACCAGUGUUGCAGCGUCGCGGUGGCGAAAGAAGAGGUGACCCAAGGACGCAGACGGACGGACGGACAUGACCGACAUCGCCGGUUCCGAGUUCGAGAUCGACGUGGAGAGUCUGGAGAUGGAGAGCGACGAGCAGACGGACUGCGGCCGCUCCACCCCGUCCGGCGCCGCGGAGGACGAGGCGGAGCGCCGGGCGGAGGAGAAGACGGACUCCGGCGGCCUCGGCGCGGGGGAUCAGAGGAAGCUGAGCCGGACCCCGAAGUGCGCCCGCUGCAGGAACCACGGCGUGGUGUCGUGUCUGAAGGGACACAAGCGGUUCUGCCGCUGGAGGGACUGCCAGUGCGCCAACUGCCUGCUGGUGGUGGAGAGACAGCGCGUCAUGGCGGCGCAGGUGGCGCUCCGCAGACAGCAAGCCACGGAGGACAAGAAGGGCCUGACGGGGAAGCAGGUGCCGGCCGAGCGGAGGACGGUUUACCAGAGACACAUCCGCCCGUCCACCAUGUUGGCCAAGAGCAUCCUGGAAGGGUACCGACCCGUUCCGUCUGAUCCGUACCUGGGGCCCAACCCAUCUCUCCCCCCACCGCUGAGCGACCGCAUGAGGAAGAGGAGGGCCUUCGCCGACAAGGAGCUAGAGACCAUCAUGCUGGAGAGGGAGUACAAAGAGCGGGAGCUGCUGGAGAGCGGCAGCCAGACGGCAGCGGCCUCGCUCCUCUUCCCCAACAACAUGAUCCACCACGCCGCCGAGUACAACUCCUACAAGACGACCUACUCGCCGGCCGGGGCGCCGGUGGAGCCACAGUCCAAAGAUCUGUGCAGCUUCCUGGGCCCCGGCUGUCUGGAUCUGUCCAUGCAGUACAACACUGGCGCGGCCAACGUAGAGCUCAUCUCCUCCAACGUCAGUGUGGCCACCACCUACCGCCACUACCCACUGCAGCCCCCACGGGGGGGCUUCGUGAUGUGGCCUCGCGGGACCUCCAGCCUUGGGGACGCCCUCGUCUAUCAGCAGUGCCUGCUCAAUGCCACUGCCGUGCAGAACAUGAAGCCGGGCGCCGUGUGGGAGCCCAAGGCCAUGCCCGCCGAGAGCCAACCACCAGAGCACGAAGCGGCAGCGGCCACCCUGGCCACCAAAGUGGAGGGCUCCCGUGCCACGGCUCCGCAGGAGGCGACGGAUCCUCUGCAGGUGGACAGUGCGAGCCAGGCCGGACACGGGGAGUGCUCGGCCUUCGCGCCUCCCAAAAGGAGCUUUGGGCAAACCUUCCCUGGAAGCUCCCGUGAUCAAACGCCCGGCAGCCAUGGGCAUGUCCUGAACAAACUGAGCAAAGACGGUGCCAAGCACGCCCUCGCCGUGAAACUCAACUCCUUCCAGUCACUGAUCCAGCACACACUGAGCGACAAAGCAGGGCCGGAGCUCAGGGGCCCUUACUGCCGGGAACUGUUAGAGGAGGCCGCCCGCAAAUACAGGGGGGGCUCUGCCAAGGACCCUCACAACGUCAAGACCACUGACAGAUAUGCAAAGGACUUCCUGUCCAAACCGGCGGGGACCAAAGUGGGACCCGGCGAGGCUCUGUCGUUCUCGGUAGAGGCCAUACUGAAGAGGCCCUCGCCUGCCAUGAGUCGGGCUUUCCAUUGACUCAGAUAAGUGACUUCCUUUGCACCGUUAACCCUGAACAGCAGAUCCGUCUCUGGGUUCUCAGUGUCCCACAGACCACCGUGCACAUCACCGUGGUUACCAACAUUGGUUAGAAAUACUCAACUUUUUUUUUGGGGGGGGGGGGUUCCAUUGUAAUAUUUAUGUAUAUUAUAUUUUACAUGUGCA